GGAGUGCAAGGCCUGUGGCGUUAUUCCUGGCCACAUGCAUGGCUUGUCUUACCUCAGUUCCUUUAUCGUUCGCCCGAAAUUUUUCACGCUUUCUGUAUUUUUUCAUUUUUCUUGUUUGAUUUGUAUCUUACCUGUGCUCUGUAUCUCUUUUUUGUUGGUCUUCACUGGCUGCUAGUGUUCGUGAUUUUCGUGCUCGGUGAUGUUGGGAUUGUGCUUUCACUUCUUUUCUUUCCAGUGAGCGAUAUCUGUAUUUCCAUUAAUAUUGAUGAUGAUGGUGAUGAUGAUAAUGUUGAUGAUGAUGGUAUUGGUGAUAAUAAUGAUGAUCGUGAUGUUACUGUAACUCACUGCUGUAAUGAGGUACCCUGGGGUAGCUCCUUUCCAUUUUCUGUCAUACAAGAUAAUCCGGUUGCGAUGAAAUUUGACGUGAAAAAAGGCUAA